CUGGUAAUUGGCGAUAGGAUUUGGAGGCGUUUAGAACAGUACAAUUCACUUUGGGGACUCAUGUUGCCCAUUAAAAAAAUCCGGCAUUAUGGAUGCCCCUGACUAGAGAAAACAAAGUCAGGCAUACGAAGGACUUGACCCUGCCCUGGCAAAAAUGGAUGAGUGGGACCCAGAUUCCCAUUCAAAGAUCCCCCUGCCACAAAAGAAGCGGGGGUGGUACCUUGCCUGGAAAUAUAAGAUGACUAAUCAAAGGGCUAUACGACGAAUGUGUCAAACAGUGGCUGUUCUGUUCCUACUCGUAACAGUUAUUGUAAACAUCAAGCUUAUACUGGACACAAGAAGAGCAGUAAAUGAAGAAGAAAUUGAUCAGGACUAUGAUGAAUCUUUGCAACAAGCGGAUUCCCCACGUCGACCAGCAAACGGUAAAAAGGUGCUGGACACUGAAAUUUAUUCAAGCAGAUCAAAGGUUUACAUAGCUGUGGAUGGAACUACAGUACUUGAAGAUGAAGUUCAUGAGCAGGGAAGGGGAAUACAUGUGAUUGUACUGAACCAAGCAACGGGACAUGUGAUGGCAAAGAGAGUUUUUGACACUUAUUCACCACAUGAGGACGAGGCAAUGGUUCUCUUUCUAAAUAUGGUGGCCCGUGGGCGAAUUUUGAUAUUUACUAUUAAGGAUGAAGGCUCCUUCCAUUUAAAAGAUACUGCAAAGAACCUUCUCAAGAGUCUAGGAAGUCAGAUCGCACCCUCUUUGGGAUGGAGGGACAUGUGGACUUUUGUGGUUAAGAAAGGGGGACAGGUUUAUGGGGAGAAGCAUUCCAAAUCUCCAGCUUUGUCCACUUGGGGUGACCCAAUACUUUUAAAGACUGAUAUUCAACUUGUUCCUCCAGAGGAUGCAGAAUGCCAUUGGCCUGAUACAGAAUUAAACAGAAGACGCAAAAGAUUUUGCAGCAAAGUAGAAGGUUAUGGCAGUGUCUGCAGCUGCAAGGAUCCCACACCCAUAGAAUUCAACCCCAUGCCUUUAAAAGAAAACAAAGUGACUACUGUUCCCGUGGCUGUUAUUGCAGGCAACAGACCUAACUACCUCUACAGGAUGCUUCGUUCUCUUCUGUCAGCACAAGGUGUUAGUCCACAGAUGAUCACAGUGUUUAUAGAUGGCUAUUAUGAGGAGCCAAUGGAUGUUGUGGAGCUGUAUGGUUUAAAAGGCAUUCAGCACACUCCAAUAAGCAUUAAAAAUGCACGCGUUUCUCAGCAUUACAAAGCUAGUUUGACUGCAACAUUUAAUCUGCAUCCAGAUGCAAAGUUUGCGAUUGUACUUGAAGAAGACCUGGACAUUUCAGUAGAUUUCUUCAGUUUCCUGAGCCAGACUAUCCAUUUACUGGAAGAGGAUGAGAGCCUGUACUGCAUCUCUGCUUGGAAUGAUCAGGGAUAUGAACACACUGCUGAGGACUCUUCCCUCCUCUAUAGAGUGGAGUCUAUGCCAGGAUUAGGAUGGGUUUUAAGAAAAAAUCUUUACAAAGAUGAACUGGAACCAAAGUGGCCAACACCAGAAAAAUUGUGGGAUUGGGAUAUGUGGAUGCGAAUGCCAGAGCAAAGGAAGGACAGAGAGUGCCUCAUCCCAGAUGUAUCAAGGUCAUAUCAUUUUGGCAUUGUUGGUCUUAACAUGAACGGCUAUUUCCAUGAAGCCUAUUUUAAAAAGCACAAGUUCAACACUGUACCAAAUGUGCAGCUCUCAAAUGUGAAAAGUCUGCAAAAAGAUGCUUAUGAAAUAGAAAUCCACAGAAUUCUGAGUGAAGCAGAAGUCCUAGACCAUAGUAAAAACCCUUGUGAGGACUCCUUCAUUCCAGACACAGAGGGGAAAACAUAUAUAAUGUAUAUCAAAAUGGAGCAAGAAGCAGAUUUUACCACCUGGACUCAGCUUGCAAAGUGCCUGCAUAUUUGGGACCUUGAUGUGAGAGGGAACCACAAAGGACUUUGGCGCCUUUUCCGAAAGAAGAACCACUUUUUGGUGGUGGGAUUUCCUUUUUCUCCUUAUGCGGUUAAGAAACCUGCUUCAGUUACCCCCAUCUAUCUGGAACCUCCUCCAAAAGAAGAAGCAGCCGUGGCUGGGAUUGACCAGUCCUGAAGCCUGAAUUAUAUGUUUCCAUUUGUUCUGGAUGGACCCUCCUGUAGUGCAUUUUGGAGCAUAAACACUAACCUCUAACCAGCUCCUUACUGUUUUGUCAGUUGUAAUUAGCACAUUUUUAUUGGGUUGAUUCACUGACUUAAUGGGGAAGAAUAAUUGCAACCGCAUAUAUAGCUAUUUGAUCCCUUUUAAAGACCACUACUUUUCAGAGACAAUUUCAGAGAGAAGCUGUAAAUUAUUUCUCCAUUUGGAGCAACAGUUCUGCCAAUGAUUCCUGAAACCUGGAAUACAGAAUAGGAGGUUCACAAUUUUAUUCUCACUAGAACUACUCUUAAGGAAAAUACAUUUCAACCUGGGAUUAUUUUUUUGUUAUAUUUAAUUUAUUACUGAUCAUGUACAUGUUAUUUUCAUAUGAUGUUUUACUUGGAGAAAAUGUAUUUGUACUGAGGCUUUUGGGUGCUCACUUGAAAAUGAAGGCUACGGUGACCUUUGUCUGAGUUAAAGUUUUGUGUCCUUUGGAUUUCUGCUGCAGCCCCUGCAAUAAUACACCUACUGCUGGAAGCCUUGGUUGCAGUGGUCUUUUAUUUUAUUUUUUUAUGUUAAAUUAAAACAGUAAUUGUUAUACUCCGGCGGCAGCAUUUUCCAGUGCCUUAUUGCUGUUAAUCUGCCUUGUUCACUUGACUCAAACUCACUUUUUUCUUUUUUGCAGGGUAGUUUGUCAUUUUCAUACUGGUUGGUGUAUAUACAUGUACAGGUGGAAAUAGUAUAUGUGUAUAUACAGUGUGUAUGUAUGUGUGUAUAUAUAUAUAUAUAUAUAUAUAUAUAUAUAUAUAUAUAUAUAUAUAUAUAUAUAUAUAUAUAUAUAUAUAUAUAUAUAUAUAUAGUGUAAUACUUGUGUAUGGAGAAAUACAUGUACACAUGUGUAAUAUAUAUAUGUGUUUGUAUGUGAGCGAAAAAUAUAAAGAAAAUGAUUACUCCAAGCUAAAACAAUCUGUACAAGGAGGUCUAGGGCACCUUGUGCAUAAAAGGAGCUCCCUUAGUCUCUGGUGCACCAGCCAAUCAACAGGGCACAUAUAUGAUUUGCCGCAACUGCUUGAGAAGGAGCUUUUCAAUCAUAACAUUAGAACUUCUUCAUCCAGGGUGUGGCUUUGAUUAGUGUAACUCACAUUAAAAUCUGCCUUACUUACUAUGAACUAUGAACGAUGACUUUCAAAAUCCCUGAAAUGUUAUUGCUGAAAGUGUGGGCAUUUUAAAGUUUUCCCUAGAAUGGAAAAGACUCUUUUCCGGGAGCAAGAAGUACCCAAGCACCCACACAUAAACCCUUUAAAAUAAUAAUUCAAUUUACAUUUAAUAUUAAACAUUUUUUUGCAUUUAUCCCUUGAGGGAAGCUGAAAAUGUUUCUAGUUUCAUGGUCAUGAUUUAUGCUAGCGUAAUUAGUAUCAAGCAUAAAAUACAUUCUUUUUGCAGAGAAAAAGCAAAUCUGCCUUUGAUAAUGGAUAAUACAUCCCCUACCAUUACCUUGCAUGACAUUCAUCUUUUUUUUUUUUUUUUUUUUUUUUCAAAUAGAUUUGCAUAGUCUGUUAAUAACUUCUUUUUACUUAAUCAUUUUUCAAUUCCUAACACUAGGUUUGGCACAAAGAAUCCGUAUUGAACAGAUGCUGCUGAAUCAGAACAUUAGACUGUUUGGUAAAACAAGAGAAUAUGUUCAUCCUCUGGUAACAAAGCUUAUGUGCAAUUUUAUUUCUGCAUUUCAUUGGAAUAGACCUGAUGAAUAAAAUGUAUCUAAUUCUAAUGUGAAAACAAAAUUUAUAAUGGGCACAUACAUCAAGUCUUCUGUGUUAAUUUAUAUGAUGUGAUUCUAUUGUGUAAUCAUAAGAAACUCUUGGAACACUGGAAUGUAUGCAUUUCAUAGUAUAUCCCUCUGUCUACAUUCAAAAUCCAUUUUCUGCACUAAUUCAAAGAAAGUUGCACUUCUGUAUAUUUAGAAUUGCCUUUCUUUCCUUUGAGUUGUUGAUUACUUAAAUAUUGUCUCCUUUCCCCUACAUUCUGAUAAAAUGCAUUUUAAUGAACAGAUUUUUUUUUAAUUACUUAUAUUAGAUAUACCAUGACUUGGAUGAAUGAAAAUCUUCAUAGUCUAAUAAACAUACAUACUGUAUAUGUAUGAAGGUACUAUAUGUAAUGAAUCUUUUUAUAGUCUUGUACUUCUACAAAAAUGCAACCUUCUUUUUCCUAUUUAAACAAACUGUUAAAACCAAUGCUGACUCCAUAUCAACCAUCAAUUGAGUUGUUUUUUGUAAUGCAGUCAUGCUGGGUGGCCCCUGGUAUGGCUUGUAUCUGAAACCUGCUAUUGAUUUGCAGGGAGUAGUGGUCCAUAACCGGCUGUAGGACGACAGAUUGGACAUCUGUAUCCUGCAUGGAGAUGUUUAUUCAAAGCAGAGAAUAUAUAGGGCAGAUUUAUCAAAGUUCGAGUUGAAUUUUCGAAUGAAAAAAAUUCGAGUUUCGGACUAUUUUUUGUGUACUUCGACUAGGGAAUAGUCCAAAUUCGAUUCGAAUUUGAAAAAAAUUCAAAUAUUGAAAUGUGUCAUGUACUGUCUCUUUAGAUUUAGCUAAAUACUGAUGUUCCAGAAAAGAUCUGGUCAGAUAUCAUACCAACCCCUAAUUUGCCUAUUUUCAAGUUCGAGAAUGAAAUGAGAAUGAAAUGAAAUUCCAUUAAUUUUAAGCAAAACAAUUCAUUACAGUCAUUUAAAAAUAUAUGACAUUGAGGUUAUGUAAUAAAAGACACUAACUUUGCCCUGAUGCAGUAAGCCAUAGCAACCAAGCAAAAGGAAGAAUUUACUGGUCACUAGUGAUGUAAGAGGUUGACAAAUUGUCGACCAGCACCCAAUCCGGCAGUGGGUCUGUGUCUAUUUAUUAUAUUCUAUUUAUCUGCCCGCAGGUAUACCCCUGCAAUCUAUUAAUGAAGGAAACUUUCUGCCUGGUGGUGAUCUAAAAGUUAGUGAUGCUAUAUAGUGUGUUCUGCAUGUGUGUGUGUGUGUGUAUGUAUGUAUAUAUAUAUAUAUAUCACAUAUGUUUUGUUAGCUCAGUAGUUCUGAAACUGUUGGAUGUAAUUUAUUAAUUAAAUGGGUUGCUCACCUUUGAGCUUUAGUAUGAUCUAAGGAGUGAUAUUCUGAAACAAUUUCCCAUUGGUUUUCAUUUUUUAUUAUUUGUGGUUUUUGAGUUAUUUAGCUUUUUAUUCAGCAGCUUUCCAGUUUGCUGUGUCAGCAAUCUGGUUGUUAGAGUCCAAAUUACCCUAGCAACCAUGCAUUGAUUUGAAUGAGAAUGUGGAAUAUUAAUAGGGGAGGGUCGGAACAGAAAGAUGAGUAAUAGAAGUAGUAAUAAAUACAUUUGUAGCUUUAAAGAGCAUUUGUUUUCAGACAGGGUCAGUGACCCCCUUUUGAAGGCUGGAAAGAGUCAGGAGAAAAAGGGAAAUAAUUCAUAAACUAUAAAAAAUAAAUAAUGAAGACUAAUUGAAAAGUUUCUUAGAAUUGGCCAUUCCAUAACAUACUAAAAGUUAACCUGAAGGUGAACCACGCACUGAGUGGUUUAGGGGGGGAUACAUUUACCCUUUAGAAAUACUUGCUGUGACCCCACUUUACAGUUUUUAAAAUAAUUAUCUUUCACAUGGGGAAAGUCAGAGGGAGCUCAAGAAACCUAGAUUUAGGGGCAGAUUUACAUAGGGUCGAAUAUCGAGGGUUAAUUAACCCUCGAUAUUCGACUGCUGAAUGUAAAUCCUUUGAAUAUCGAAGUCGAAGGAUUUAGCGCUAUUUCUAUGAUUGAACGAUCGAAGGAAUAAUCGUUCGAUCGAGCGAUUAAAUCCUUCGAAUUGAACGAUUUUAAUCCAUCGAUCUAAGGAUUUUCCUUCGGUCAGAAAAUUGUUAGGAAGCCUAUGGGGACCCCCUAUGGGAGGGGCUAACAUUGGCCUCAGUAGGUUUUAGGUGUUGAACUAGGGGGUCUAAGUAUUUUUUAAAGAGACAGUACUUCGACUAUUGAAUAGUCGAACGUUUUUUACUUGAAUCAUUCGAUUCAAAGUCGUAGUCGAAGGUCGAAGUAGCCUAUUCAAUAGUCGAAGAAUCCAUAUUCGACCAUUCGAAAUUCGAAGUAUUUUUUCUUCUAUUCCUUCACUCGAGCUAAGUAAAUGGGCCCCUUAAUGUUCUCUUUAGCAUAUUACUACCCUUUUACCUUGAUUAAUUAUAUCUUCGUUUGGACCAAGUACAAGGAACUGUUUUAUUAUUACAGAUAAAAGAAAUAAUUUUUAAAAAUUUGAAUUAUCUGAUUAUAAUGGAUUCUACGGGAGACGGCCUUUCAGUAAUUCUGAGCUUUCUGGAUAACAGGUUUCCAGAUAACGGAUUGAUACCUGUAGUUGGGUAAUUCUAUGCAUAUUGUGUCAUACAUACAUUUAUUAUAUUUUGCAUUUGUACUGAAGAACACGGGUGAUAAGAUGAUAUAAAAUGCAAGGUUGAAAUUCAGGCAGUAUGUAGUGUUUGCUGGCAUUCAAAUGCAUUCAUACAAACGACAUAUAUUUUGUGGUUUCUAGAAGCCUCAUAUCUUUGAAUACCCUAUGAAUACAUGGUAUCUCUAUCUUUAGAAGUUCUGUAGCUUAUAUUUUUGCUUUUGUCUUUUUUGUGCCCAUGAUCACGUGACACAAUAAAACCACCAUCAUUAC